CCUGAUCAGCUGAGAUCGCAGCACAGAAGGAGUUGAGUUGAGGCGCAAAGACGCUGCCCGAUGUUCACGAUGUUCACGAUAAGGCCAGUCGCUGCAGCCCGUGUGGCGCGACAGUGCAGCCUUAUGCGCCGCACCUUGACGAGAGCGCCGAUGAGUAUGAUGGAGUACGAUGGGCAGCGCCAGGUGCGGCGAGGCGGCACCCUCACGGCCGCCCAGGUGCACGACUUCGUGCCGAUGGGCUGGCCGUCGGGCGUUCACGACUUCUCGUCGGUACGAGCGACGUGCUCGUCGGACGCGGCUGUCACGACGGGCUCGGCGGGCUGGCCGCCGGGGCUUUUUGUGUUCGAGAACUUUGGCGCGCCGACGCCAGAGACGGCGAAAGGAGUCGUGAACGGCGCGCGCGCGCUCAUCGACGCGGUCAACGCGGCGGCGAGUGGCGGUGGUGAGGGGCGCGUCGCGGACAUUCCGCAGCCGCUCGAGGGCCGCAUCUCGCGGGCGCACAACUUGCAACGAGAACGGAUGUUCGUGCCGCUUAAGGUCACGGACCCAGUCAACAGUUCAGAAAGACGCUGCGAGCACUUUGCGGAAUACGGCUCGGCGGCCCACGCGCUGAGCUACUUCCGGGGCAACGAAAAUAUUCCCGCUGUGUGUGAGCCGAUACUAUCAGCCCUACUCAAGGAGGAGGCCGUGACGUCGCUCGGCGAGAAUUUGCAUUGGAAAUUGACGCUAAACGACUACAAGGCCUCCACGGAAGACGCCCUGGCGGAGGCGGGCGGCGCGCUCUUUCCGUGGCAUACCGAUUUAGCGGCGAACGGCGAGAUCACGGCCAUCUCGACGCUUCUGGCGCCGGCGAUCAUGGAGUUCGCGCCCCACGCGGACGCUCCUGGCGCCCCAACGCGUAUCGUCGCGAAGCCUGGAACUCUGGUGUUGUUGUCGGGAGACGCGCGGUGGAAGUGGGUCCACCGCGCGAUGCCCCACCCCGACGCCGCGGGCAAGGCGCGGAUCUCUCUCGUAUUGGGGUGCGCGGCGUCGGCGUUCUGACUCUGUGCGGUCUUUCCCUAGUUUCCCCUUAUCUGGAUGUGCGCAUUUCAAGUCGUAUCGCCUCGCGCAUAGCCUUCUUUAAUAUUUCCUUUCAUUA